AUGGGACCCGUACUGGCGACCGAAGUGUACGCGCAGGUUUCCGCGAUGAACUUCGGUGUAUAUGCCCUCAAAGCGGAUGGCGCUCUGCAUGCGUGGGGGAAGAGCUAUUCCUACUCCGUCGCCGGCGGGGGAAGCGUCGACAUGGCCCAGUACCCGGACGGUGUCUCGUGGAGCCAGCUCGCAAGCGGCAGUGCCGGUGUGGACGCGCACUUUUGUUCCUUUCAGGCGGACAAGAAGCCCAAUUGGUGGGUGCCCAAUACUUACGCAGGACAGGUGGGUCGACGGAGUACGUCGGGGGUGAGCACGGCUUACCUGCACCCAGCGUUGCGCGAGGCAGUAGUCGCGACGGCCAUUCCACCUCCGCCCUCCACGCCGUCUCCGACCACGGCCGCAAGUUCUUCGGCGGCGCCGUCGGCGGCUGGGCUUCGUGGUCUAGUUACCAACGGUGUGGUCGUUGCCCUCCUAUCCAUUUUUUCGACGCAAUACCAACUGUGCGGUAUGUAG